AAAAACAGACAUUAAAAAAACCCUUAAAAAAAGAAAAAAAGAAAGUACUUUGGAGUUUGUAAUUAGGGCGAGGCUUUGUUCCUGCCCUUGAACCAGCUCUCGGAUUCCCCGCAGCGCCAACUUCUUGUGCUACAACGUUCAGUCUUAGUGCUGUCUCGUCGUGUUUUUCUUCCUCUUUUUGUAAUUUCUUCAUGACUUGUUUUCGGCUCCAUGUUCAAGUUCUCGGCCGUCACGGACCGUGGUAGUCGCGCACGCGUUCCGCAGCGCGCAGGCACACGCGCGCGGGUGUAGCCCCUCGCCUGGUUUGCACUGGCACGGGUCAUUUCAGGUUAGAGCCUGGCGCUGUGUCCCGUUAAGCUUGGCCCACGGAGAGCAACACUGGAUCCAGCUGAGGUGGAAUGCACGGCCAGUAGGACACCGAUUCGUUUCUGGAUACAAGCUUCGUGGUGCAUAUGCGGUGUACCUCUCGGGGAGCUCAGCUGCUCCUCAGCUCAGCUCACACUCAGCCUUCAGCCCUUCCUCUGGUUCCCAGAUGUCUGAGGAGGCUCUGAGGAUGUCAUCCUGGCCUUGAAGCCCACCAGUAUGUCAGAGCCUGCAGAGAAAUGCUCCCCCUGCUGGAAGGAUGAGGCUGUUCAAAACGGUUACAUACCGAGCUACCUGGACAAGGAUGAGCUGUGUGUAGUAUGCGGGGACAAAGCCACAGGCUACCACUACCGCUGCAUCACAUGCGAAGGCUGCAAGGGGUUCUUCAGGAGAACCAUUCAGAAGAACCUGAACCCGACCUACGCCUGCAAGUACGAAGGGAAGUGUGUCAUCGACAAGGUGACGAGGAACCAGUGCCAAGAAUGUCGCUUCAAGAAGUGCAUAGCGGUAGGAAUGGCAACAGACUUGGUUCUGGACGACAGCAAGAGGCUGGCCAAGCGGAAGCUGAUCGAGGAGAACCGGGAGCGCCGGCGGAAGGAGGAGCUGCAGAAGACGGCGUGGGACCGACUGGAGCCCACCCAGGAGGAGUGGGAGCUCAUCCGCCUGGUGACGGAGGCCCACAUGUCCACCAACGCUCAGGGCAGCCACUGGAAGCAGAAGAGGAAAUUCCUGGUCGAGGAAGCAAUGCUUCUUAAUGAAAUAACAUGUAAUUUAUUCUAUACUUCUGACCAGAGUGCAGCAGGGGUGAAGGACACUAAGCCUGAGGAUUGUGGUCAAGCCUCCAUGGUCAAUGCAGCGGAGGAAAACAAAGUGGAUAUUGAAGCCUUCAGUCAGUUUACAAAAAUUAUCACCCCUGCCAUAACCCGAGUGGUGGACUUUGCCAAAAAACUGCCAAUGUUCUGUGAGCUGCCUUGUGAAGACCAGAUCAUCCUGCUGAAAGGUUGCUGCAUGGAGAUCAUGUCGCUGCGAGCGGCCGUACGCUACGACCCGGACAGCGAAACCCUCACGCUCAACGGGGAAAUGGCAGUGACUCGAGGUCAGCUGAAAAACGGAGGACUGGGCGUGGUGUCGGACGCCAUCUUUGAUCUGGGCGUGUCGUUGGCCUCCUUCAACCUGGACGACUCUGAGGUGGCUCUCCUGCAGGCUGUAAUCCUUCUGUCAUCCGAUCGUCCAGGCCUGACCAGCGUGGAACGAAUCGAGCGCUGCCAAGAAGAGUUCCUGCUGGCCUUCGAACAUUACAUCAACUACCGCAAGCACAAGGUGGCGCACUUCUGGCCCAAGCUGCUGAUGAAGGUGACGGACCUUCGCAUGAUCGGCGCCUGCCACGCCAGCCGCUUCCUCCACAUGAAAGUGGAGUGUCCCACCGAGCUGUUCCCUCCGCUCUUCCUGGAGGUCUUCGAGGACUGACCAACGGACGGCAGUGUAUGAGUGUGUAUGGACUGUGUGUACAUGCGUUGUCCAAAGCCUGGGCGCCCUGGUGGUCUCGGGGGCGGUACCAGCCGGAGGCCCGUCUCCCCGAACUCUCUGAUAGCACUACUGAGUGUCACUUCAUUCCAUAGUUUAGGACUAGCUCCCUGGUCUAGUUUUGGAUGAAACCAUUCCUCACAUUGCGGGUACAUGUGAAUAGCCUUUAUUUCUUUUCCUGGUUUGUCGUUAUUUUUGUGCAUAUAACCUCUCACCUCCAAUUUGACUCUAGUUUUUUUUUCGUUUUUGACAAUUGUACAGUUGGCAUAAUGGUGAUCUUCUUAACAGCUGUUUGAACGUUAGAAACUAUGGAGAUAUUGUUUUUUUUUUCCUUCAUGUUCUACAGAAACUCAGUGAAAGUUGACCUGAUGCAGAGAAUCGGAGCAGCUCUGAUGAUUCUCCAUUUGGUUUCUGGUUCGUUCACUUUGUCCUGAGGAAUCCCACUGUCUCCUGACUCACUCCGUAAACCAGCUGCUCAUAUCAAAUAAAGCUGCGUUCAGAAGCUCUCGGAAAAAUCUGAACUUUGGAAGCAGGCAGCCGCUGCGAAUGAGCUGCACAACCCCCACUGUUCUGCUGCACACUGUGAGGCAGCUGGCUGAAAGAAGUCUGCUGCACUUUUCUCACUCUUACUAGAAAAACAGACAAAACACAAUAAAGUAGCUGGUAAACAUGAAAGACGUCUGUCAGUCAGCUGCUGCUGUUAUUCUAUAGUAAGCAGAACCAAAUGUUCUGUUCUGCACAAUUAGCAACUCGUACAUUUCGUCUAGUUCUUAUUUAAAGUCGCAAUCUAAAUAAAAACAAACAACAUCGUCGUAAUAUA